GUAAGAAUUCAGACGUGUAACCAUGUUUGUCGUGCAGUUGUCUUUGAUAUCAUUGCUGGUGCUUGGGGCACAUUGUGAAACUGCUGAGAGAUAUAUGGAAUACAUUCUUGGCAGACACAAUGGUUUCAGACAAAGAUGGUUUAAUGGACGACAGUGGGAGAGUAUGGAAUGGGACAAUUCACUAGCAGAGGAGGCAGACAGACACAUGUCCGAAUGUAACAUGGGAAGCGGAUAUUAUCGUCGUGGUGAACACUAUGCUUACUAUAGUGGAGGUGAUCAUUACUACAACAUACGUCAAACCUUCGAUGAAUGGUACAAUGGAAUGAACGGAUUCAACUGGAACAACAAUGAAGAUUCCUACCAGAUGGAUUGGUACAGAGGUCAAUCGGUUGGCUGUGCUAUGAACUGGUGCCCUUCAUUCUUUGCUAAUGGUGAAAACUACCAGAACAUGUGGUUCUUUGGAUGUUUCUAUAAACCAAGGGAAUACAUGGACAAUAAUGAGUUCUUUGGUGGAUACGGGAAUGGCAAUGGCUUCUAUGGGUAUGGCAUGAAUAAUGAUUUCUACAACAACGGGUAUGGCUUUGAUAACAACUUCUACGGGAACGGUUACUAUAUGAACAACUACAAUAACGGAUAUGGCAACAGAGAUUACUAUUACAACAGGGGUUAUUGGAAUGGCAAUGACAACGAUGGAGAUUAUUACUACAACAGAGAAUAUUACUGGAAUGGAAAUAACGGUGACAACUUCUACAAUAGAGGUUACUAUAUGGACAACUACUACAACAAUGAAUUUGGCAACGGUAAUUCCUACUACAACAAAGGCUAUUACAUGAAUGAUGACAACUACAACAACUUCUAUGGUAAUGGCAACUACUACAAUAGAGGUUAUUAUUGGAAUGGUAAUGAUUACAACAGAGAUAACUACUACAACAGAGGGUACUACAUGGACAACUACUACAACAAUGGUUAUGGCAACGGUAACUUUUACUACAACAGAUACUUCAUGAACAAUGGCUACAAUAAUGGCUACGGAAACUUUUACAACAAUAACAUGGAGGAAAACAUGGAGUGUGAGGACAAGAUGUCUGACUGUGAGGAAAACAUGGACAGGUGUAACAAUGAUAUGUUCUAUAUGAGGUUCCAGUGCAGAAGGACCUGUGGGUACUGUGAAAGGAAGUGAUUUAUUCUUCGCUAAAUACAAGGGAAGCCUUGACCUAUGGUCUUGUAUUGGAGCAUAUUAUGGAAGUUUAAAUAAUUAUAAAUAAAUAAUAUGAUCAUAAUUUUGUGUUUUCUUUACAUUUAUCAAUUUAAGGUAGUUUACUGUGGC